ACAACAAGGCAAACAUGUGAUACAUUUAUGAUUAACCAAAAUAAUUACAGUUUGCACCUAUAAGUAGGUUCAAUAGUUUUUUUUUUUUUAUACAAAUUGUAUUCAUUUUUAUACAACAUGUAUUCCACCUCUCUUCCUCCAAACCAAACAUAGAUCUACUAUAGUUAUGGAUCUCUAAUUAAGUAGACAUAUAAACGUUUAUAUGUAUAGGUGUGUGUGUGUAGCUUUUUAAUUGGAUAAUAGAGAGAUCCUAAAAGUCAACAUGUCUGGCUGGAAAUGAGAAGAAGAGGAAGUCAACAAUUUAGAUGUGGACAAUUAAAAUGUUAGAUGUGGAGUCUGGUUUAUUCAUUUUAGUUUGUAGGUUAGGUGAAUUAGAAAAAUCAGGAAAAGGAAUCGGACAACAAUAUUACUAGUUUCCUUGUCGCGUGGAAAGCUGUCUUGUUUCACCUAAUACCUAGGGCUCUGUGCUAUUAUUUAUAUACACCCCACUCACCAUUUCUCCUCUAUUCAUCUAUAUAUCUACAAGUUGUCAUUUUGCACGUAAAAAUGAGUGAUGAACAAAGACACGCCCCUCGUUUGAAUGAGAGGAUUCUCUCAUCAUUGUCAAGGAGGUCUGUCGCCGCUCACCCAUGGCACGAUCUCGAGAUAGGACCUGAAGCUCCAAAUGUUUUCAAUGUUGUCAUUGAGAUAUCGAAAGGCAGUAAAGUCAAAUAUGAGCUUGACAAGAAAACUGGUCUCAUUAAGGUUGAUCGCGUCCUAUACUCAUCAAUGGUGUACCCCCAGAACUAUGGCUUCAUUCCUCGGACUUUAUGUGAAGAUAAUGACCCCAUGGAUGUACUAGUGCUCAUGCAGGAGCCUGUUCUCCCAGGCUGUUUCCUUCGAGCUAGGGCCAUAGGUUUAAUGCCUAUGAUUGAUCAGGUUAGGUUGAUUGCUGCCUGCAGGUUAAACUUUAUUUCCUAUCUGAUAAAAGGAUUUUUAAUCCAGGGUGAGAAGGAUGAUAAGAUAAUAGCAGUUUGUGCUGACGAUCCAGAAUAUCGCCACUACACUGAUAUUAACCAGCUUGCUCCUCACCGUCUGGCAGAAAUCCGCCGCUUUUUUGAAGACUACAAGAAGCUUGAGAACAAGGAGGUUGCUGUCAAUGAGUUCCUGCCUCCAAGCACUGCUGUCCAAGCCAUACAAUAUUCAAUGGACCUUUAUGCCGAAUACAUAUUACAGACACUGAGAAAGUAAUCUACACUUUUAUGUUAUGAUUGUUGUGUUUAUCUUUCAUAAGUAUUUUCUUUGUAUUUGUGGGGGGGAGGGGUGAAAUUCUAUAGCGCAUUACAUGUCAUUCAAUUCAGUACUUGUAGUCAAUUGUAUUGAAACUUCAAGUACCGACUAGUCUAUUAGCAUGUUGAAUCCUAUGGGCUUGGUUGAUCCACACCAAAGAUAUAUAUUCUAUUGGUUCAACCUAUAAAA